AUGACCACCCAAUCUUCUUCAGAAGAGGAGACUGCCGUGCAGCAAUCCAUCCUUCAGCAAGCACAAGCCGCUGCUGCCGCCCAGAACAACACGAGACAGGAGACCUCCCUGCAAAAGAUUGAUCUCAUAAGUGCAGAUCCGACCGAGGACUACAUACCACCUCCUGCUUACGGCGAGAUCUAUGGCGAGAUCCACAACGAAGAAAACGGUUUGGACACCAGUGCCCGUGUCACUGACGACGGCCGUGUCAACAUCCGCAUCAAUCAGGUCAACCGCCGUCUGUCCCAGAUCUUUACCCCUGCUUUACGUGAACAGGUCCAGAGUGGUCAGGAGAGUCGUCCGCCUCCUUCCCCCUAUAUUCCUGCUUCCCUGAGAGGCGAGGAGGGAGUUCCACCACCACAGUUGAACAUCGUCAUCCAGAUCGUGGGCUCACGCGGAGACGUGCAACCUUUCGUUGCCUUGGGAAAAGUCUUAAAAGAUACCUACGGCCAUCGCGUACGUCUGGCGACUCAUCCCAACUUCAAGGACUUUGUGCAGGAAAAUGGCCUGGAAUUCUUCAGCAUCGGCGGCGAUCCCUCCCAGUUAAUGGCCUUCAUGGUAAAAAAUCCCAGUCUGAUGCCGGGUUUUCGCAGCCUACUAGGUGGAGAUGUCGGUCAGCGAAGGAGAGAUGUUGCCGAAUACAUUCAAGGCUGCUGGCGAUCAUGUUACGAAGCCGGUGAUGGAAUGGGUCUUGGUGCUACCGAGGAUGACCUUUCUGAGCCAUCCCCUGAGCACGAUUCUAGCUCCAAGCUUACAUCAAGACCCUUCGUCGCCGACUGCAUUAUUGCUAACCCUCCAAGCUUUGCCCAUAUUCAUUGCGCAGAGAAGCUGGGCAUCCCUCUCCAUAUCAUGUUCACUAUGCCAUAUUCCCCCACCCAGGCCUUUCCCCAUCCCCUGGCUAACAUCCAAUCAUCCAAUGCCGACCCUCAACUUACCAAUUACAUAAGUUAUGUUAUGAUUGAAGUCCUGUCAUGGCAAGGCCUAGGUGACAUUAUCAACCGAUUUCGCGCAAAGUGUCUCAAUUUGGAUCCCGUGAGUCUGAUCUGGGCCCCUGGGAUGCUCCACCGUCUCAAAGUCCCUCACACCUACUGCUGGUCUCCAGCCCUGAUACCUAAACCACAAGACUGGGCCCGUCACAUAUCUGUCUCUGGGUACUACUUUCUCAACUUGGCCUCUAAUUACACCCCUACCCCUGACUUCCAGGCAUUCCUCGAUGCUGGUCCUCCCCCCGUCUAUAUAGGAUUCGGGAGCAUCGUUUUGGACGACCCUAAUGCGAUGAUGGAGCUCAUUUUCGAGGCCGUGAGGAAAACUGGCCAGCGUGUUCUUCUUUCUCAAGGCUGGGGAGGCAUGGGUGCUGACAAACUUAAUAUCCCUGACGGCGUCUUUAUGCUAGAUAACGUGCCACAUGACUGGCUUUUUAAGCACGUCUCGUGUGUUGUUCACCAUGGUGGAGCAGGAACCACAGCAGCAGGCAUUACCGCGGGCCGGCCAACUGUAGUCGUUCCCUUCUUUGGAGACCAACUUUUCUGGGGCACCAUGGUGGCGCGAGCAGGCGCCGGCCCUGAUCCAAUUCCUCAGAGACAACUCACAGCGGACAAACUAGCCGAUGCAAUCAACUUCUGUCUGAAACCCUCAAGCUUGGAACGCGCCAAAGAACUCGCAAGCAAAAUCGCGGCGGAGCGAGGAAGUGACAUGGGUGCCCAGUCUUUCCAUCAACACCUCGAGGUCGAUCGACUUCGUUGCACCCUCGCACCAUCUCGACCCGCUACGUGGCGCGUCAAGCGCACCCAGGUCAGGCUUAGCGCUUUUGCCGCCUGUACUUUGGCGAAUGCAAAGCUUUUGGAUUUCCACGACUUGAAGCUCUUUAGACCACAAGAAUAUCUCACAGACGAAGGCCCUUGGGAUCCAAUAUCCGGAGGUGCUACGGCAGUUAUUAGGGCUUUUAGCGGUAUGGCGAUGGGGGUAGCUGAGUUUCCCUCGGAGACGUUGAAACCUUUGCACAUGGCGGUUGGGUCCAGUCGACAGCAGUCCCAGUUAUCAGUGUCGGCAAACGCUAGGAAAGCCGAGAUGUCAGAUGCUGGGGAAAGAUCAACUGUGCCAACUUCGCCAGAAAACAUUGAGACGAGCUCGAAUGUGCAAGAAUCUCUUGCUCAUGUCCAGAGCUCUCCCAGCCUCUCCCGUCUGUCAUCUUCCACUUCGAAUACAAAAUCAAGCUCUAUGUCCGAUGCAUUGCAUGGCAAGUCGGGUCCCAAAUAUGAUUACGCAAGCCGAAGUCAAGUUCGCAACCGGAAUAAAUCUAGCACCAAUAAGAACCAUGACAUGCUGCGCCAGACUGGCGUGCACACGAGCAAAGGCCUCGGGCGUAUCAUAAAAGCAGCGGUGCAGGCACCUAUGGAAAUCUCAGUGAGCUUUACCAAAGGGUUUCACAAUGCCCCUAAGCUUUGGGGAGACGAUACCGUUCGCCCCCAAGAAAAAGUUGUUGAUUUCAAGUCCGGCGCCAUGGCCGCAGGAAGAGAGUUUGGCUUUGGUUGGUACGAUGGCGUCACUGGCCUGUUUACUCAGCCCUGGAAAGGAGCCCAGAAAGAGGGUACGAGCGGCUUUUUAAAAGGAAUCGGUAAAGGGAUUGGAGGAUUUGUAGCGAAGCCAAGCGCAGCUCUCUUUGGUAUUCUUGGCCAUACGAUGAAGGGGGUACACAAAGAGGUGCAGAGGUUAUUCGGCAGCAAUGUGCAGAACUACAUAGUGGCCUCUAGGGUAGCUCAAGGGUACGAGGAGUGGCUGCAGAGCUCCGAUGCCGAAAAACAAGACGUCAUCGUCCGGUGGAAGUUGAUCCAGAAGUAUCUGAAGAUAAAAGGCACUCCUGACGAGAUGGUGCAAGAUGUUUUAGAAGCACAGCGAAAGAAGAACACAGAGGACACGGGGGCCCCCCAAAACUACAGACAUACAGCAGGUUCCGCUCAGUCCACUAGUGAGGGUGCUCCCGAGAGUACCAUGCUCGCUAUGUGUGGUUCACAGUCUUCCGAAGAAUCUCUAGAACAGGUCGAAAUUAACGAAAUCAUCCCAGUAUCAGUCCAGGAGACGUCAUGUAGAGACGCCGAAGAGGAUUCCAGUAUGGAGCCGGCGAUUGAGGAGAAUGUCCUCCAGCUCCAGCACCGACGACAUGAAACUGCAGAUCAUCAGGCAGAGCAGGAGAAUUUGCGCCAGGCGAUAGCGGCCAGCGAAACAGAAGCUCAACGACAAGCAACCGAAGAAUUGGAAUUUGAGAGACAGCUCAAGCGAGCUAUGGCUAAAAGUCUGAGGGAACAGAGACAGAGUAGCAGUGGCAGUAGUGCAUGGCAGUCGGAUAGAAGUCUCGAUGACGAGGACGAAGACGAUGAUGAGCUGCUAGCGAGAAGAUCCGAGGACGUGGCGGAGAAGGGAGCAGCUGGUGAAUCAUCAGGUCAGCAACCUCCUUCAUAUAAUCCCACCAUGCAAAGUGAGUUCGUGGCGCAACAGCACGGACAGCGUUGGGGGAAAACGACACAAGAACGGGCGGAAGAAGAGAUUGUGAUGGAAUACGUCAAGAAGCAAAGCCUCUUAGAACUGUACCAUCAGAAUAAAGGCAAGGGCCGUGCCACAUCGAUAGAAGAUAAAGACGAUGAAGACUUGCAGAAAACAUUGAAAUUAAGUAUGCAAGGACACGAAUUUGAUGAGACUUCAGGGAUGUGAUUAG